AUGCCGAUCGACAACGAGAUUCCUGGAAGGCUUGCGCUGGUGACGGGAGCGAGUGGUGGAAUCGGCGCAGCUUGCGCCCGCGACCUCUUUGCACAAGGGGCUUCUCUUGCCUUGACGUACUCUUCGAACAAAGCUUCCGUGGAUAUUCUAAUCGAAGAGCUCAAGCCAAACGCGAACGGCCGGAUUCUGUCUUCACAUAAAGCCGACAUGGCAUCGGACGAUGAUCUCAAGAGGCUCUUUGACGAGAUUUACUCGGAGCACGGCCAGGGUGUGGACAUUCUGAUCGCCAAUGCUGGCCACGGCAAGCGAGUGAGUAACAUCCUCGACAUUGAGAUCGAAGAAUGGGACUACACCAUCAAUGUCAACCUUCGAGCGAGCUUCAUCCUCACCAAGCUUGCUGUAAAGCACAUGAUUGAGAAGAACUGGGGUCGGAUCGUGUACAUCUCCUCCAUCGCCGCUGGAGGAACGUCAAUAAAUGGUUGCCACUACUCGGCAAGCAAAGCAGGUGUUCAAGGCCUGUCAAAAAACCUGGCGUUGAAGCUUGCAAAGAAUGGAAUCACCUGCAAUGAUGUCGCCCCUGCGAUGAUUACAGGUACAGGUAUGAUCCCGAAUGAAGAAUUCUUGAAGGGAACGCCAGGAGAUGUGGCAGGGAUUCCUGUGGGAAGGUCCGGUUCGACUCAAGAGUGCGCCAAUGUGGUGACGAUGCUCUGCAAGACGGGCUAUAUGACAGGCCAAUCCAUCUUGAUCUCCGGAGGGCUGAAGUGA